GUUCACUGCCGGGCGGCGGCGGAAGCGGACGGGCCGCGGCGUCGAAGCGACAGGGACGGACCGGGAGGCGCCGCCGUUCUACCGCCCCGCGCACCCGCCCAGCCGACAUGAGUGACCAGCAGCUGGAUUGUGCCUUGGAUUUGAUGAGGCGCCUGCCUCCACAGCAGAUAGAGAAGAAUCUCAGUGACCUCAUUGACUUGGUCCCCAGCCUGUGUGAAGAUCUCCUCUCCUCUGUGGAUCAGCCCUUGAAGAUUGCACGGGACAAGGUGGUGGGGAAGGAUUAUCUAUUGUGUGACUACAACAGAGAUGGGGACUCCUACAGGUCACCAUGGAGCAACAAGUACGACCCCCCCCUGGAGGACGGUGCCAUGCCCUCGGCUCGCCUGCGCAAGCUGGAGGUGGAAGCCAACAAUGCCUUCGACCAGUACAGAGACUUGUAUUUUGAAGGUGGAGUCUCCUCUGUCUACCUCUGGGAUCUGGAUCAUGGCUUUGCUGGGGUGAUCCUCAUUAAGAAAGCUGGAGAUGGAUCAAAGAAGAUUAAGGGAUGCUGGGAUUCCAUCCACGUGGUGGAGGUUCAGGAGAAGUCCAGUGGCCGCACUGCCCAUUACAAGCUGACCUCCACAGUGAUGCUGUGGCUGCAGACCAACAAAACUGGCUCUGGUACCAUGAACCUGGGGGGGAGCCUCACCAGACAGAUGGAGAAGGAUGAGACUGUGAGUGACUCCUCCCCACACAUAGCCAACAUCGGCCGCUUGGUAGAGGACAUGGAAAACAAAAUCAGAAGUACACUGAACGAGAUUUAUUUUGGAAAGACAAAGGACAUCGUCAAUGGGCUGAGGUCUGUGCAGACUUUUGCAGACAAAUCAAAACAAGAAGCUCUUAAAAACGACCUGGUGGAGGCUUUGAAGAGGAAGCAGCAAAGUUAAAGUCCUGUCAGUGCUAACCAGCCAUGCCAUGCACUCGUUAGAUUCCUUUCCUAGAGAAUCAUCCCCGCCCUUUUCUGUUGGUCACAUCACGAUUUGCAUCCAAUACUCUCCAUGCAGCGCCAUCCUCUCCCAUGAAUAAAGCUGUACAAACUUU